AUGUACAAUCGCAUUGGUGCUCCAGUAUGGCCACCACCAACAUUUCUAGUCCUAUUGAUUAACGUGUUGGGAGUUUCUGGACAAAGGGUAGGUUAAUACUUAAAAAUGGCUUUUUUGUAAAAUAUUGAAUUUUUGGUAAAAAAAUUGUUCUGAUCAAUGAAAAAAAUAUUAAAUCAAUGAAAAAAUUGUAAAAUACGUUCUAUAAAUUUAACUGAAACUUAAAGCUGAAUUAUUUAAAUUUCAGGAAGGACUAGGUGGCCUCGGAAGUAUAAUAUCAUCACGAGAUAUCGCUGAAAUCACACAAAUCGCCACCAGUUUGGCAGCACAGACAAUGAAUACUAAUUCAGAGCUACUGUAAGUUUAUUCUGCUAUUACUUAUCUUUUGGUACUUAGAAUGUUACCUAAACUUAAAAUUUAAUUUUAUUAAAAUUGGGAUUUACAAUUUGAAAUUUUAUACAUCUCACAACCAGAUGUACUAUAAUAUUAAUACUAGUAUUUCACCCUUCAGAACAAAACCAGGCCGACCAGAAAGCCGCCAAGUGCCAUUGAAUGCUCGGCCAUCUGAAAUGCUGGGCCAAACCAUAACCAAUAUGAUGCAGCCAGCUACAGAACAGCUAGCCAGAGCGCUGAACCAAAAUGGCGGAGUCAAAAGCCUCAAUCCUAAGGCAAGAGCAGUCAAAACUGAACUUCCAGUAGCCGAACUGCCACUCGAAGAUCUUUCUCCAGCUCCAAAACCCGUAAAUUCUGGCCAAAACCAGGCCAUGUCAGGCUUAUUGGAUAUGGCAAAUCAAUUUCUAGGAGGCGGAAGAGCUUCCGCAGCUGAAAGAGGUUCAGCUGGAGCUAGUCCAAGAAGUGGAGGUAUGCCAACGUUGAAGCAGCUGAUCCCUGGGGCUAUGCGAAACUUUGGCAUCUCACAAGGCGAUGGUUGUCUGCCAUUUAUGGGUGAGGUGAUGCAGGCCAUGUUCGGGAACUGUGUGAAGCAGGCUGAUGAGAGGACGUGGGAUGUGUGGGGCAAGGAGAUCACGAACGCUUUGAUGGGCGGAAAGAUUGAUCUGUUGAGGGCAAGGUAGGUUAAUAUUGGUUUGUUGGAGGGUAGGAUAGUUUGAAAUCGAAAAUAGGAUAAAAUAUACCUUAUUCUGAUCUAAAAUAAUAUAAAUUAGCUUUUUAAAAUAAAUUCAGGUAUAAAAAUGAUAUUUUUUAAAUUUUAAAUAGCCUUUAAAACGCGAUUUUUGUAAAAUACGAGAAGGCGAUUUUAAUUAAUAUUUUUCAAAUUUCAGCAAAGAAACAUGCAAAAAAGGAGCAGAACGAGAAGAAUGCGGCAAGAUCCGCCGUGCUGUGAGUGAAUGUGACAUUCUUGGCUCAAUCCAGUUGGCCAGUAAUUUUAAACGAGCGAUCGAACGGUGCGAUGAAAUCUCCGGUAUUAUCGACCAAGUGAGUUUACAGUGCAAAGACCCUAUGUCUUACGUUUGUUGCCUUACCCUACCUAACCCUACCCUACCCUAUCCUACCCUAUCCUACCCUACUUUACUCUACCCUACCCUACCCUACCCUACCCUACCCUACCCUACCCUACCCUACCCUACCCUAUCCUACCUUACCCUACCCUACCCUACCCGACCCAAUCUUACCUUACUGUAAUCUACUUUACAUUACCUUACAUUACCUUACUUUGUCUUAUAUUACAGUACCCUACCCUUCCCCAUUCUGUCUUGAUCUAUCCUAUUCUACCUCUCCUAUUUUACUGUACUCUACUUUGCUCUAUACUGUCUUACACUGCCUUACCAUAUCUAACUGAAGCCUGAUCUGAUUUAUUUUGUCCUAUUCUACAUUACUUUACUUUACACUGCUCUAUUCUAUCGUAAUCUGACCUGGCUUUAAUGUAGUCCGAUUCAGGCUGCACCCGUAGUUUUGCCAUAUCAAUAACCCUCUUAGUCUUACUUUAUGUUGAUCCUAGCCCCAACCUACAACUUAAAUGAAAGUUUUUAAAAUUUGAAAAGUUUUUAUUUUUUUUUAAUUACAUUACCUAUUGGACAAUAUUCUUUAUCAAAAGUAAUCAAAUCAAUAAUCAAAUCAAUCUUUUUCAGAACCCGGUAACGUUGAUGGAACAAAUGGGCGGUUUUAUAAACGGCGAAAUGGCUCAAGGCUUUUUGAACAACUUUUUGGGCAAAAAACGCUGA